UGGAAGGCAAAAUUGAGAGGGAUCCUGUUUUGGUUGCAUAUGCCAGGGAGAGGGCUAAAUGCAACUGCGAGGACAGGGGGCCUUUCCCAGAAAGAGAAGAAGCAGGAUGGGGAGCUGACCAUGGGGGCUGUCACUCGCCAAUUCUGCAGGCAGAUGGAGGGAGAGCCUAAGCUAAGUGGCUUAGAGAGUCCUGUGGAAGCCCUUGGCAGGGCAGGGCACAGGGCUGGGGAGAGGCACUAGGUCCUUAGGCUGCUCUCCCCUUCCCUUCCUCCUUCCCCAUCUCAGCCCUGCCUUCUCCUGCUUUGCCCAAAGAUCAAGACCUCAGGCCAGCAAGGACUGCAACCUGUCCUUAGCCCACAUCCAAGCCAGGCACAGAUCUCCCAUCCCUCUGCCACCCCACCCUCUCCACCUUCAGCACCCCCUCUAUCCAGGCCCCUGUCUCUCUCCCACCUGGAUGACUCGGUACCUCCUGCCCCUUUUCUCCACUUAGCAGCCCAGUGAGCUCUCAGAAAGGGAGUCUGAUCCUGUGCACCCUGUUCUAACAACCACCAGCCAUUUUCCACUCUCUGCAUGGCCUGGCCCGUGCCCACCUCACCAACCCCUUCUCCAGCACUAUUGGUCCCUCCAGCCCUGCCCAAAGACUCCGAGGCCUCCUGACAAUUCCUAAAAUUCCACACUCCUCCUGCCUUGGUGCCACAUCACCCAGAACCGUCCAUGCCGCUGGCUCGGUCUUGCAGUUUCUAGCACGAGUGUCACCCUCUGGGGAUGAGGCCUUCCCUGGGCACCCUGUCUACAGUAGGGCCUCUUCCCUUCCGGCCACUCUUUUCCACCCCCAGCCAUAGUUACUGGCAGUUUGCUGACUAAUCCGGUUUCUGGUUUAAUGUCUGUUGGCCCUCCCUUUCCCCACAUUACAAGCUCCCCGAAAGCAGGACCCCUUCUGCCUUGUUUCUGCUGUCUCCACUGUGUCCAUCAUGCACAGUAUUUGCCAGAUACAGCGAGUGACAGGGAGGGGCCUUGUUUACUGCAGCUUCUUGGUGCAGAGUCCCUGCCCGCACAGGGACAGAACCUGGGAACAUGUAGUCAGCAUUUAGUAAGGGGAGGCGGGGAGCUUAUCACCCCUCCCAGAUGUGCAUGACCCUGCUCUAGCAGCUGGGAGGACUUCCUGGCUGAAUUUGGGAAGGAAACAACAGUUGCUAAACAUCUUCCACUUGCCAGGCUCUCGGCUGAGUGCUUUACAUUAGUUUUCUUAUUUUAGGCACUUAAUCUUCACACAGUCCUUCGGGGUAAGUCACAGCAUUGCCAUGUUAUAGAUGAGGAACCUCAUCUGUGAAACUCAUGACUUGCCCAAGGUCACAGAGUCAACAGGGGCCAGGCUAUGAUGGGAGCCCAGAUCUUUCUGUUGCCAGAGCCUCUGUUCUUUCCAUAAGCCCAUGUAGCGAGAAAUGAAGACAGGAAUGGGACUCAGGCAUCGGUGCAAGGUGGUGUCUGUCAGAGGAAAGGGUGAUUUUAUUUAAUUUUAUUUUUUAACUUUUCAUUUUGGGCCAGGCGCCGUGGCUCACACCUAUAAUCCCAACACUUUGGGAGGCCAAGGCGGGUGGAUCACCUGAAGUCAGGAGUUCCAGACCAGCCUGGCCAACAUGGUGAAACCCUGUCUCUACUAAAAAUACAAAAAUUAGCCGGGCAUGGUGGCGGGCACCUGUAAUAGCAACUUCUAAGGAUGCUGAGGCAGGAGAAUUGCUUAAACCCGGGAGAUGGAGGUUGCAGUGAGCCGAGAUCAUGCCACUGCACUCCUGCCCGGGUGACAGAGCAAGUCUCAGUCUAAAAACAAACAAACAAACACAACUUUUCAUUUUGAAAUGAUUUCAGACUUGUCAAAAUAGUAUAUAGCAUUCCCAUAUGCCUCUUGCCCCUGAAUACUACCGUCUUUCAUAAUCGCAGUACAGUCAUCAAAACCAAGAAAUUAACAUCAAUACUAUCCUAUGAAGUACUCUCAGAGCUUACUCAAAUUCACUAUUUUUCCCCACUGUUGCCCUUUCUCUGAUCUAGAAUCCAGUCCAGAAUCCCACGUUGCGUUUGUCUCCUGGUCUCCUCCAGUCUGGGACAGUUUCUCAGUCUAUCUUUCAUCUUGUCAAUACAUUUGAAGAGUAGAGCCUGGGCAACAUUUGAAGAGUAGAGCCUGGGCAAUCAUCUCUACUAAAAAUUUAAAAAACUAGCUGGCAUGGUGGCAUGCACCUGUAGUCCCAACUACUCAGGAGGCUGAGGCGGGAGGAUCGCUUGAGCCCAGGACAUUAAGGCUGCAGUGAGCUAUGGAUCACAUCACCGCACUCUUGACCUGGGCGACAGAGCAAGACCCAAAAAAAGAAUUAUAGAUUUGCAUUUUUGGCACAAAUACCACAGAAGUGAUCUUAUGCCCUCCUCGGUGCAUCAUACCAAGAGGCAAAUGAUGUCUAUAUAUUGUUACUGGUACAGCCUGUACACCCGCACCUGGCUCGGGUACCUCUUCUACCGACAGCAGCUGCGCAGGGCUCGGAAUCGCUACCCUAAAGGCCACUCGAAAACCCAGCCCCGCCUCUUCAAUGGAGUGAAGGUGCUUCCCAUCCCUGUCCUCUCGGACAACUACAGCUACCUCAUCAUCGACACCCAGGCCCAGCUGGCUGUGGCUGUGGACCCUUCAGACCCUCGGGCUGUGCAGGCUUCCAUUGAAAAGGAAGGGGUCACCUUGGUCGCCAUUCUGUGUACUCACAAGCACUGGGACCACAGUGGAGGGAACCGUGACCUCAGCCGGCGGCACCGGGACUGUCGGGUGUACGGGAGCCCUCAGGACGGCAUCCCCUACCUCACCCAUCCCCUGUGUCAUCAAGAUGUGGUCAGCGUGGGACGGCUUCAGAUCCGGGCCCUGGCUACACCUGGCCACACACAAGGCCAUCUGGUCUACCUACUGGAUGGGGAGCCCUACAAGGGUCCCUCCUGCCUCUUCUCAGGGGACCUGCUCUUCCUCUCUGGCUGUGGACGGACCUUUGAGGGCAACGCAGAGACCAUGCUGAGCUCACUGGACACUGUGCUGGGGCUAGGGGAUGACACCCUUCUGUGGCCUGGUCAUGAGUAUGCAGAGGAGAACCUGGGCUUUGCAGGUGUGGUGGAGCCCGAGAACCUGGCCCGGGAGAGGAAGAUGCAGUGGGUGCAGCGGCAGCGGCUGGAGCGCAAGGGCACGUGCCCAUCUACCCUGGGAGAGGAGCGCUCCUACAACCCGUUCCUGAGAACCCACUGCCUGGCGCUACAGGAGGCUCUGGGGCCGGGGCCGGGCCCCACUGGGGAUGAUGACUACUCCCGGGCCCAGCUCCUGGAAGAGCUCCGCCGGCUGAAGGAUAUGCACAAGAGCAAGUGAUGCCCCCAGCGCCCCCAGCCCAGCCACUCCCGCAUGGGGAGGCCACCACCACCAACACCUCAUCAUCCUUCUCAUCGCUAACACCACCACCUCCAUCGGCACCCAAGCGGGCAUCAUCCCCCACACUGCUCAGGGGAGGGGAGGGAUCAGGCGAUGAGACUGUGAGGCCAAGAGAAGGGGGCCGGUUGGAGGCUGGGAACCCUGCAGCGCGAGGCUGCCUCAUCAACGGCAAGAGGAAAGGAGGGGUCUCGGGACAUCUCCAGACCCUACCAACUGGGAGGGUCCCCUCCUCCUUCCCUACUCCUGGGACGGCAGCAAGGACAUGGGGGCUGCUGUUAGCUUCUCCGUCAGGAGGCCUCAUCUCACUGUAGCCCUGGAACCCAGGGUGGAGGGGCCCACGAUCAGGUUGAGUCCAUCUUGCCCUUCCCCCAUCCAGGGUUGGGAAAGAAGCUCAGCCCCUCACAGUGGCCUCAAGUGUGAUGCCUUGCAAAAGCACCACUCAGAGGGGCAGCUGGACUCUGGUGUCCUGAGACUCUGCCCUCUUCCCACAGCCUCCCUGCCCCACCCAUCCCUGGAAAGCCAUUUUUCAGACAGAGCCAUUCCUAAGAACACUGAAGGGCUGGAAGGCUGGCUGGCCACUCUUCUGCCUCAGUGGUCUCCCUACAGCCUGGAAGAAGGAGGGUCCUGAUUGCCAAGGAAACCUCCUUAUUGGGCUAAGGAGACACUGGAGUCUGGAGUGUGGAGCCCCACAGUCUUGCAGGUCACACGCUCUCCUUGCACAUCUGGCCUGGUUGUACCCACUGGCCUCUGCCUCUGCCCUGGGCCAAAAGGGCCCCUCCUUGCCAGGGGAAAGACAGCCACGGUCCUCUUUGGCCGCUGCUGUAUUCUCAUUUUGGCCCUUGUUCUUAGGCCCGUCUGCCUGCCUUCCUCCAUCUAACUAAUCUUUCCUGUUUUAUCCGCAGCCCUUUUCUUCUUUGAGUUAGUAAAGAUUUAUUCUGUAACCUGACACUCAUCUGGCCCUUUGCAGUUUGCCAGCCAUAUUCCCAUGUGAUUUCCCACUGGGUCCAGGCCCCCACCCGGCUGGCAGGAGGGGGCUCUGACGUGCAGGUUGGAAAUCAGAAGUCUGUGAGCAGAGCGCGGGAGUGCAUGGCAGCUCUGGGUCCCAGACCUGGCCCGACCCCUCUGCUUCACCUCCAGCUCUGCUGCUCCUCUACUCUUGGGUCGAGAUCCCUUUGGAGCCACAGCAAGGAACCCUGUGGUCCUCAGGCAGGUGUACCUUGAGUCAGCCAGGAGCCCUCUUUUCCUGUGCCAAAGCCUGCCCUCGGGCUCUGCUCACCUCUGGUGACCCUCUAAGAUGCCUCUGCCCUCAGUUUCCCCUCAUGAUCUGGCCUCUGCCCCCUUCUCCAGCCACAGCCUCUAGUACACUUUAGCAAUACCACCAGACUAGUUAGAGUUCCCCACUCACCAAGCAAGACAUGCAGUUUCAUGCCUCUGUGCCUUCGCUCAUGCUGUUUCUUCCGACUGGAAUGCCUUCCCCUGCUCCUCCUGCCUUGUCUGCCUGGCAAGUUCAUCUCUCAUGAUCCCCUCAAAGGCCCCCUCCUCCAGGAAGGCAACCCCUGUGCCCCUCCCCUCCAGGCUACCUCUGCACUUUGUCAAUGCUUCUCUUGUGGCACUUAUCACACUGUAUUUUACUUGUUUACAUGUUUGUCUCCCCUUCUAGACUGUGAAUCCUUAAGGGCAUGGACUGUAUCUUAUGCAUCUCUGUAUUUCUGCGCCUAGCAUGGUGCCUAGCACACAGUAGGCGCUCAGUAAAUGUUGAAUGAAUGAAUGAUUUAAUCAAGA